UUCCUAUAAGAAAAUCCAUGAAUAAAGCCCAAAAAGCCCAUAGAAACUAUCGUGGCUACAGCGAAAGUAGCGUUUGUAUCGUUCCUCGUCUCUGUUUCACUGCUUCUCCUUCACCUUCUCUUUAUUCUUCAUUCGAUCUUCAAUCCUAAUCGCGCUCUCAUUUUGUGGAUUGAGAUGGCUGGAGGUGUUAUUCAGCAGUUAUUGAGGAGGAAACUCCAAUCUCAUUCUCCUAAUCCUUUGUUUGUGUCAUCCAUUAUCACAAAGAAUGAUGGUGCUGGUUCUACGAGCAGCAGAUCCUUAAAAGCCCUUGCAUUAAUUGGAGCUGGAGUCUCAGGGUUAUUAGGUUUUGCAACAACAGCAUCAGCUGAUGAAUCCGAGCAUGGCCUGGCUUCUCCAAGCUAUCCAUGGCCUCACGAGGGCAUCCUCAGUUCAUAUGACCAUGCUUCGAUUCGUCGUGGUCAUCAAGUUUAUACACAAGUCUGUGCUUCCUGUCAUUCUAUGUCUUUGAUAUCAUACCGUGAUUUGGUUGGUGUUGCUUACACAGAAGGGGAAGUAAAGGCCAUGGCUGCUGAGAUUGAGGUGGAAGAUGGCCCUAAUGAUGAGGGUGAGAUGUUCACACGUCCCGGUAAACUCAGUGAUCGCUUUCCUCAGCCAUAUGCAAAUGAAUCAGCUGCUAGGUUUGCUAAUGGAGGAGCCUAUCCUCCAGAUCUAAGUCUUGUUACCAAAGCUCGUCACAAUGGUCAGAACUAUGUGUUUGCUCUUCUUACCGGUUAUCGUGACCCCCCUGCUGGUGUUGUGAUUAGAGAAGGACUACACUAUAACCCUUAUUUUCCGGGCGGAGCCAUUGCCAUGCCUAAAAUGCUUAAUGAUGGUGCUGUUGAAUAUGAAGAUGGUACCCCUGCUACAGAAUCUCAGAUGGGGAAAGAUGUUGUGUCAUUUUUGUCUUGGGCAGCAGAACCGGAGAUGGAAGAGAGAAAACUGAUGGGAUUUAAAUGGAUAUUUGUACUAUCAUUGGCAUUACUUCAAGCCGCAUAUUAUCGUCGGCUUCGAUGGUCCAUUCUGAAGUCUCGCAAGUUGGUUCUUGAUGUUGUCAACUAGCUGCUUUCAAAUUACAUUUUUCAUUUUUGGAAAGAAGAUAAUUAUUGCCAAUAACUAUGUCAAAUCUUAUCGCGCCAAGUUCGAUGAGAGACUAGCCGGAAAUCAUACCCUAUUUUUGUUCGAGAUAUAGAAAUAAAGCUGUUACAUGUAUGUAUGUGAGAUACAUUUCUUCAAUUUUUCUCCUCCUUCCCAGACCUGUGUAUUUCUUGCAUUACUUUGGAUCUUUAAGAUAUAAUUUAUUUGUAAUUGAUAAAAAAUAAAAGUUCCAGAAUUUUGAUUUCAUAAGUAAA